AAAAUGCUUUCUGUCUGAAGCCUGUAAGUCUUUUUUCUUUUCGGCCCACGUUCCGCCUUUGUCUUUUUCUUUCCCAAACUGACCAUGGGUGACACCCUUUUCUUCUUCCAGUUGUUGCCCUCAUUGUAGGCAUUAUUGCCGGUCCACUUGUUUCCAAUGGCUUCAAUCCUUACAGCUGGGCCGAUCAAGACGAGAUCACGAAACAACUCACUCGUUGUAUCAUUGCCAUUCAGGUGAUGGCAGUGGGCAUCGAACUUCCAAAGCAUUACCUUAAAAAGGAAUGGUUGACUAUGUUUAUGUUCCUGUUACCCAUCAUGAUAUUUAUGUGGCUCGUCAGUGGUUUAUUUAUCUGGGCAAUGGUCCCUCCGAUCAAUUAUCUCGAAUCAUUGGUCAUCGCUGCAUGUGUAUGCCCAACGGAUCCUAUUCUUGCGAAUUCGGUGGUCAAAGGUCGAUUUGCAGAAAAGCACGUGCCUGCUCACAUUCGGAACGCCUUGUCCGCAGAGAGUGGAGCAAAUGAUGGCAUGGGAUUUCCGUUCCUAUUUUUGGCAAUUUUCUUACUGGGUGAAGACAGCGUAGGCAAGGCAGUAGGAAAAUGGGUCUACGAGACGUGUCUUUUCCAAAUUCUUCUUUCCUGCGUUAUCGGUGUCGUCGUUGGUUGGGUAGCCCGAAAAAUCUUGCAAUGGUCCGAACGACAUCAUCUGAUCGAUAAGCCAUCAUUUCUUUGUUUUGCUAUUGCAUUGGCACUGUUUUUGAUGAGUAUGACGGGAUUUUCUGGAAGUGACGAUGUGUUGGCUUGUUUCGCCGCAGGCAAUGCUUUUUCGUGGGAUGACUGGUUCAGACAAGAAACCGAAGAAGCUCAUUUUCAGGAAGUCAUUGAUAUGAUGCUUAAUCUUGCCGUCUUUGUUUAUAUUGGAGCCAUCAUUCCUUGGUCGGAUUUUGGUAAUGCUGCUCUUGGGUUGACACCUUGGCGACUGGUGGUACUUGCCGUUCUUAUUUUGCUUUUCCGACGGUUGCCUAUCGUAUUGGCCCUGAAACCGGUCAUGCCGGCCAUGAAGACAUACCGCGAUGCUGCUUUCAGUGGCUGGUUCGGUCCCAUGGGCGUGGGUGCCGUGUUCUUGUCCAAAAUCGCCAAGGAGGAAUUGCAAGAAGUGUAUCACGGACAGCCCGAACCUGUGGCUGUGCAUUUGAUCAACCCCAUUGUGCUAUUCAUCGUUCUGUCAUCCGUCCUUGUCCAUGGCACCACCAUUCCCCUAUUCAAACUCGGCAAACGUAUUCGUACGCGUACAUUGUCGAUUACCAGCACCGGUGGCAGUAGCCAGGUGUUGCGACUUCCCAAAAUCCAGUUUGGUCAAAACAUCAGUUUGCGCGGUCGUGGAGACGAUGAUCGUCGUAGUCGCCACAGCGCGGAUCCUGAAGCCAUGAGCCAGCUUCAGCGUAAUACACUCAUGAAUACCAUUCAGUAUGAUCGAAAGCAAGAGGGCAGUAACGGCACCACGUUGAACCAUUCACCGGAUGCGGCGUAUGUGGAUAUGCAUGAUGACGACCAAUCGGAUGGCGAUCUGUCGGAAGAAGAUUAUUUGCCUGGUGAAGGCGAUGAUGCCACCACCGAGAUGCGUCAUUUGGAAGUCCCACGAUCCGGCAGUGCCCCGAUGCUGGAAUCUCAGAGUAUCCGAUUCCUUGAACCGGUCAAGCCUCGCAAUACAUCAUCUCAGGCCAAUAUCGAACGAAAUGAAGCGAGCGUCUCGAGCUUGAGAAGCUGGAGAAACCGUAACCGGGAUCGCGAAGAUCAUCAGGAUGACGAUGAAUCAAAUGCACAAGGAAGCAGUAUGGGCGGAUUACGACAAUUCUUCCGCCGAAGCAAAGAUACAACGGCCACAUCUAGCUCCGGUGGCGAUGAAGAUAAAGCCAAGCAGUUACGAGGCUUGUUUUCUUCCCCAACCACCGAAGCGCCGCCGUCCGACAAGGAACCUGAGGAAGCGCCUCAGACUGCGGGAGCCCCGCAUUCGGAAAAGGAAGCUGAACAGGAGGCGGAUAAACAUCCUGACCAUGCGGAGGAGAUCGAAGAAGAAUUCCACAAGCCCUCUCAUCCUCGACUGGAAGUGUGGCAAGAAGCUCAUAAAGUGAUUAUCGAAGAUUCACAAGACGAGUUAAAACAGACGGUGAUUGACAAAAAAGAUCCCAACUGGAAGAGUAAAAUGGAACGUGCAGUUCAGAACGGCGAAGAACAAAUCCGCGAGGAUGAACAUAAAGAAGGAACCCAAUGAUAUAUCCCCCUACACAAAUAGAAUCUUGUACUCAUUUAAUCUCAACAUCUGUAUCUUUUAUUUUUUCUCAUUCACUAAAUCAAAUGCAAUAUAAAAGA